CGUCACAAAGGUUGCCGUCCUGCACAGCAUAGACGCCAUUUGCCGGAUACAUUUGACUUGAGUGGUAGGUGUCCGCAAAUUGAAAAAACAAACCACAAAGUGCCAGCAAAUCGCACCCUAUCGACCCCAAAGCGAAGCACCAACCCAAGUGCGAUGAGUUACUACAAUCCUAGUUUCAGCCAGACGGUCGGUAUGACGCGGGGCGGACGCGGCGGCGGCUUCUCGCCGCGCGGGAACUCGUACAGGGGAUCGUCGCGCGGCUCGCCGUGGGGCGGACGCGGCGGCGGCGGCUACUCGCCGCGCUCCAACAGCGGGGGCGGCAGGUUCAGCAACUCGUCCAUGCCCUCGCCGUACGACAACAGGAGCAAGUUCGGAGAGGACAGGUUCGGGAGCGGCGGCUCCAGGGGACACGGCGACAACUACAGGAGGAACUAUAGGGACAGCAGUUACGGAAGAGACAGAUCGCCAGACCGCAAACGCUUGCGUGUAGAGGCCCCUAGUUCACGUCACGAUAGUUAUGGAAGCGGUGGUGGCGGUGGAGGAGGAGGAGGUGGUGGCGGCGGCUACGGCGGUGGCGGCCGUUACACGGAUUAUUCGGAGCGCAGGAGCUUCUCGGGCGACCGCCACUCCUCCGGAUCGAUGUCGCGGACAAGGGACGAGUUCCGCCGGCCGUCUGGUCCGCCCCCGCCGCCCAGAGGCGGCUACAGGGGGCGGCUGAACACGCGCGGUAGCGCGUCCGCCCGCUCGCUCAAGCCGCGAGGCGGCGAGAGGGGACCGGGCGGACCGCCGCCCCGUCGCCGUCUCCUAGACAGUUCGUACGCGGUGCGCAAGCGGGUCGUGCCGCGAGCGUCAGACUUCGCCAGGAGGCUAAAGAUAUCCAAGCUGAGGAGUGCAAUCGCACGCCGUUCCAAAAAGAAGGACAAGGACACCUCGAUCAACGAGGACGAUGAAAAGGAGUCGACCAAAGACGCGAAGAAAGAGGACGUAGAAGUCAAGGAGGAGCCUAAAACCGACGACGACAAGCCGAGCGUCAAAAAGGAGAAAGACACCGUCGACAAAGACGACGAGAGCGCCGAGGAGGACGAGAAGAGUCCGCCGACGAAGCGCAGCUACAUCAAGUUAUGCUGCCCGCACUGCAACAUAAAGGCGUUCACGUUCAGGAAGUACGACAUGCACUUGGCUUCGCGCGUCCACGUGCUCACCAUGCGCAAGAUCGCGAUGAAACAGAAGUCGAUCCUGGCGCAGAUGCGACAGGCCCAGAGGAACACGCAGAACGAACUGGAGAAGAGCAGCGACGACCUGCAGCCGCGCACCAACUUCUGCCCGUUGUGCAAGCUGAAUUACAAGCAGCGCAAGUCGGUGCACCAAAGUUCGGAGGCGCAUAAGAACAUGAAGAAGUUCUUGAUGCCGUACUGUAAGGUGUGCAAUAUCACGUUCAAGAGUCCGAUGAUCUAUGAGAGCCACUGCUGCUCCAUCGAGCACAUCAAGAGGAAGCAAAGGACUGAGAACAGCAACAGCGAAGCCUCAGACGUGGAGGAUUUGGAGAACUUCACCACCAUUGAUUCGGUGGGUGACGUGGACGAGGCGGACUCCAAACAAGAGGAGGCUACCAAGGAGGUGGUGAACGUUGGUCUGGAACAGAUCCGCAAGGUGGAGGCUCAUUACUGUGAGCUGUGCAAGAUGUACUUGCCACGCGCCGACGAUUCGGAGAUGACGAUGAUUUUGCAAAGGCACUGCAAGAUGAAGGUGCACAUGUCCAGGUAUGUUAGGUUCAAGGAUCUGGAGAGACGCGCCGAGAAACUGCAGAAGAAGGAGACGGCCGAGAAAGAGGCCAAGAAGAAAGAGGAUGCGGAGGCCAAGGAGGCCAAAGAUGACAAGUCCGAUGAUAUUGGCAGUACGUCCAAGGAAGAGGAGGAGGCGACUGAAGAUAAGAUUUGGGAGGAUGUCGAUAAAGAUUUGGGCGAUAUUAUUGCUGAAGCCGAAAGCGGCGCCAAAAGUUCCGAUGAAGAUGAAGAUGAUUCUCACAUGAAUGGGGAACGAUAUGAUAGAUUUAAGUUGAGUGAGAAGAAUGGAGAGGAAAACUUGGAGAAUGAAAAGAAGGAGGAUGUUGCAACAGAAAAGGUUGCCGAAAUUAAGGAAGAGAAGAAAUAAUUUGUGAAUUUGUAGCUGUAUUCGUGUAAUUUAAGAAUUAUACAUACUUGUGUUUUGUAAUAUGUUACAAAUAAUUUGAUGUAUCUAUGUCGCCAUUUUUAAUAAGAAUAGUUUUAUUGUUUAAUUAGUAAUAAAGUUUUCGAUUUCUAA